CGCAUUGCCACCAGUCUCCCCCCAACCGUGCUGCGGUGCGCACGUCUAACACCGGCCUAAACUUUUUUAUUUACCAAAAGUGCUGUGUACGUGUUUGUGACUAGGUGAUUUGCUAAGGAUUUCAGUUGUGUUAGCAUGGGAAACUAAUAGAUUUGUGAUGAAAAGUUGUGUUAGACUUUAGUGUUAAAAGUAUAAUGGUAAUCUAGUGAUCAUGGAGCGGAAGUUGACUCGCGAGGACUUCAUGCGAAAGAGUUUUCGGGCUCCGAGGGUAUCUCCUGCCCCUGAUCAAAUCACAUCGCAUAAUGGCGCACCUCCUCCAUCACCGGUGUCAUUAGCGAUGCUAGAAAAGACUCCACAGCCCCAAAGAGCUAAAUAUGAAGUAACUUCAACUGGAAUCGCUCCAAAACGCCUAGAACUUAACAGAGCGCAUCCGAUACAUCUAAAGUCAUUCCAAGCGUCCGAAUCGCCUGAGGAUAAUGGUCCAACGCCACCAUCAGACGAUGUUUUGCGUAAAUUAGAAAGACAGAUUGGCGAAAUGGAGCGGGGUUUGGAAAGAGCUCAGAACGGUACAGUUGAAGUCGAUGAAAGAGUUCGUUAUGCGGAACACGAGAAUCUACUCCGUACUGGAGUGUCUUCUGUGGGCGGUGGUGGCUAUCUUGCAGCCGAUUCCGACACAGAACACGAUGUUGUCCCAUUCAACAGAAAUGAGACGACACGUAGUAGCACCGGAGCAACUGCACCAGCACCGCGACCUGCCACCCGUCUGGCCCGAACGAAUUCAGAUACGCAGCAGCAUUCUGUGGCUGCUACCGCCCGCCUGAUGAGGAAACUGGCUGACGGUGGCACAAAGGAUGAAAAGACUAAAGUUAUGUCGAGGAAAGCUAUUCAAGCGAGAAUGGAACAAGUGAAACGGUCAGUGGUAGGGACGAAACAUGAGCACAGAGUAUUGGCUGAACAUAGAGCCGAGCCGAACGCAGCUAAAACACCAACGUCUCCCGCCUCUCAACGUUCUUCUGUGCAGAGUGCUUCGGAGACGUCUGCGGGCGCUGGGGGUGCCUCGUCGGGGGGCAGCGCCCGGGUGUCUUCACGGUCGAGGACAUCAGAGGAGCCCCACAUCGGCAAGUACAAACUCCUGAAGACGAUAGGGAAAGGCAACUUCGCAAAGGUGAAGUUGGCGAAGCAUGUGCCGACAGGUAAAGAGGUGGCCAUCAAGAUCAUAGACAAGACUCAGCUCAAUCCUGGCUCACUACAGAAGUUAUUUAGAGAGGUGCGGAUAAUGAAGAUGUUGGAUCAUCCAAAUAUAGUGAAACUUUUCCAAGUCAUCGAAACGGAGAAGACAUUAUAUUUAGUCAUGGAAUAUGCAUCCGGUGGUGAAGUGUUCGACUAUUUAGUGUUGCACGGACGUAUGAAGGAGAAGGAGGCUCGCGCUAAGUUUAGACAGAUCGUCUCCGCGGUGCAGUACUGCCAUCAGAAACGGAUCAUUCACAGGGAUCUCAAGGCGGAAAACCUACUGUUAGACGGCGAGAUGAACAUAAAAAUAGCCGAUUUCGGUUUCUCGAACGAGUUCACCCCGGGAGCGAAGUUGGACACCUUUUGUGGAUCACCGCCCUACGCUGCCCCAGAACUUUUUCAAGGAAAGAAAUACGAUGGUCCGGAAGUGGAUGUGUGGUCGUUGGGUGUGAUUUUGUACACUCUGGUCUCAGGUUCGCUUCCCUUCGAUGGAUCUACGCUUAGAGAGUUGAGAGAGAGGGUGCUUCGAGGGAAAUAUAGAAUACCGUUCUACAUGUCAACUGAUUGCGAGAAUCUGCUGAAGAAGUUCCUCGUGCUGAACCCGGCGAAGAGAGCCUCCCUCGAGAGCAUCAUGCGGGACAAGUGGAUGAACACGGGCUACGAGGAGGACGAGCUCAGACCCUUUGUGGAACCGCAGCAGGACUUCAAGGACCAUAAACGGAUAGAGGCACUAGUGUUGCUAGGUUACAACAGGCAAGAAAUCGAGUACUCGUUGGCGGAAGCGAAAUAUGACGACGUGUUCGCUACUUACCUCCUUUUGGGGAGAAAAAGUACAGAUCCGGAAUCGGAUGGGAGUCGAUCGGGAUCGUCUUUGUCUUUGCGGAACGCGGCAGCCCCGCCCAACUCUCAACAGCAAACGGGGAACGCACAUGCAGGCGCGGCGUGCGGGUCUCCGUCCCACCGCGGGGUGCAGCGCAGCAUCUCGGCCAGCGCCAGGCCUGCCGCGUCGCGCCGCGCCUCUUCCGGCGCGGAGGUCUUGCGCGCGCAAGUUGGUACCACCACCAGUUCAGCGAACAACACUACGUCUACGGCGACCACAACUACGUCCAAUUUCAAAAGACAGAACACAAUUGACUCGGCUUCAAUCAAAGAGAAUACGGCUCGUAUCGCUCAGAUGCAGGUACAGAACACAGCGCGGCCGACGUCUGCCCAACCCAAGUUAGAAGCGCGCUCGCGCACGUUAACCGGACAGACGAGACGUACGCAGUUUGAUCAUACGCACACGCCCGCCAAGUUGUCGCCUCCACAGGACACGCCCAGUGCGACGCAAACGGACGGCAAAAACGGCGCGACUAACGGGCAGACGACCGCGACGAAAACGCACGUUAAAAGCGCGUCUAUCUCUUCGAGUACCGGCGCAACGCCCUUAUCAGCUGACACCUCGCAUAACGCCUCAGCCAGGGAUUUAGCUCAGCCAAGGCCGAGUAUAAAUUCAACGAUGACGACUACAGUGGGAGCAACCGGCGGUGCGGCGAAUGCAAGCGCGCGGCGAGAUUUUCCUAACCCAAUGGUUUUUCCUAGGAAUGUGCCCUCAAGAUCCACAUUUCAUUCGGGUCAAACCCGAUCUCGCGGUGGGAGCGCGGGAGGCGCUUAUGGCGACGGAGGUUCCCCUCACCAGGCCCGACCUUCCUUCUUCUCGAAACUCUCCUCCAGAUUCUCGAAACGGUUGAAUCAGAACCCGUGAUGCGCGACCGACGAACGGCGAGUGAAGAUUACACAUAGAGGAAAUAUGUGCGAAAUUGUUAUUUUUAGUUUAUAAUAGUUAACUGUCGUUCAGCGUAUUUUAACGUCGGUAUUUGAAGACGCGACUCGGAGCUUCGUCUCUCGUGUUAUGUCUACGAAUACUGCUCUUUUACUCAUUUCGUUAUAGGACUAGAAACGUACCCUUUAUUGAAACAAUAAACGGAAAAUGUUUCGUGUUUUUAUACAAUGCGUGAGAUUCACUAUUUGUUACUACGGUGUUUUUUUUUUCACUUUCGCACUUCAUCAGGCAGCAUUUAAUUUUUAAUUAUAAGCAAGGCUCGAUAGGUGUCAAUGUUGUUGAGGUAUAAAGUAUACUGUGUACUUGUAAAAAGACAAGAGAAGUAGAAGUUUCUUUUGUGUACGAAUUGGCACCAAUCCUAAUAAGUGAUUGUUAAUUUGAAGUGCAGUAAAGUGAGAUUGAAAAGAUACGCUGAACGAAAAUAUUAUUGAAAUCUUAAAAGUGUUAACAUUUUUUUUUUAUAUUUAGAUGUAAGUCCACGUAUGAUUAACCCGUGAGAGAGUUGCGUUUAUCAUUUUUAUUUGUCGCGACAACAUUUCUGCCUAUAUUUUAUAUUAUUAGAAAAUUCUUCUGUAACAGCAAUAAAACAAUAUGUCAUUUGGGACUGUUCAAGUAGUACGUAAGUAGAUUUACUGUUAUUUAUGGGGUAUAAAUAACUGUAAUUUAUACCCCCCCUUGUUUUAUCAGAAACAAAUAAGCUCUCAAAAAUAAUGGUACAUCAACGUAUUCAGUAUUGAAGCAUACACAAUGUAUGUGAAAGUAAAUGAUUACUGUUGACAUCAGAAAUAACAACCCCCCCCCCCCCAAACCCCCUCCCUCCCUAUAGUGCUUACGUAAAACUUGAACGGCCCCAUUAUGAUUUUAAUGAUAUAUUAUGUAGCGGAAAACUAGUCCCGUCGCGUUUCGCAUUUCGUCGUAGCUCUUAAGAGAUUCGAUUUUUAAAUAACGAAUUUUGAACAUUCCAGGGUUAUGUUAAGGUUGACAAUAGAAGCACAAAUCAUUUCUACCCUUUUGGGUAACACUUGACUGACUUGUGUAAUUGACAUCUCAUUAAUAUCAUUGUUAUGACUUUCCGAUAUUAGUUUAAAUUCAGCAAUUGGCCGUUGGGUUUUCUAUAAAAAUUACUUUGUUACGUAAUAGAUUAUGAAUAUUAUAGCUAAACGUUUUGAGUGAGAUAGUAUGUAGUUGUAAGUUAAGACUCGGCCCGUUAUUGGUACAAAUACUCAUUAGGUGUUACCUUAAUGAUAUCCGCAUACGUAUCUCCUUAUUAGAAUGGGCCAAUGAAUCAUUUCAUUAAAAUUAUCAUUAAACCAAAAUGGAACGUUUUGUAAUGAUUUAAGGGAAAGUGUUUUGACAAUAUCAUUAGUACGUUUAUAUAUUGGGGAGCUUGGUUUAUCAGUAAAUUAUUUUUUUAUUCACAAAUCAAAAAUUAAGACGAUGUCGUAUUUUUACUAAUCAAAAUAUCACUAGAGAAUUUUUAAAGACAUUAUUUACUAGGAUAAAAUUAAUAAUAGAUUCCUUAAAGAGAUUUGAGUGUUGUACAUACAUGUACGGGAAUCGUAUUUUUUUUGUAUUAUCUAUGUUAAGAUCAUUCGUGUAUAUAUUCAUAGAAAUACUUAAUUUAAAUUAAGAACAAAAUAGCGUGUGUUUUUUUCUUUCUUCAUAUAAACUGUGGUUGCAGUAUAAUUUUAAUUUGUGAUACAUGAAACGAGAAAUGCAUAAACAUCAGUAGCUAAGUUUUAUCAAUAAUAUAUAUUUUUUUGUUAAACAAAAUUUAUUUUAUCCGUCCGCUAUUAUGGUAUUAUAAUUAUCCAAUUGGCGUCACAGUUUCCGAUUUAAUGCAUUUAAUUUCGUAUACAGUGCUCAUUCUGAUAUGUUGUUUGAUUUAUAUGGAACGAAAAUGGUUUCGUUAUGUCAAAUAACGGUUUUGACAUUUGGGAAUCACAAACAAACAAUUAAUAUACAGUUUUUUAAUAUACAGAAUACGAGUCGUAACUGCUACGAGUCGUUUCGUAGCGAUUACCUGGUAUUUUAACUGGGCGUUAAUCAGUUUUGUUUAAAGUCACUCAUUGUUCCAUAAGCUAAAUUUGACAUUACGAACGACUAGUUAAAACAGUGUAAUAAGACUGUUUUAGUUUUCGUCUAGAGUUUAUCAGAAUCAGCACUGAUGUCUAAAUGAUACGUGUUAAUCAUAUUUGUUAAAUAAGUUUACACUUAAUGAGAGAGUUUUCUACGUUUUCCUGUCAUAUAGCAGGGUUAAUCAGCGAUUUCCACGAAAACAGUUGAUUGGGUUUUAAUAUAAAGUCAUUUAUUUUAUUAUUUGAUUUGGUUUACAAAAAAAUAUGAAUUUAUAUUGAAAUCACGUGAAAGUUUUUGCAAGCUGUUAAUACCUGGAAUAUAGAUUAUACAAUAUUAUGUGGCUGCUACUUUUGUCUUGAUUAGUCUAUGGGUAAUUCAGAGACAGCGCGAACUGUGACAUGUGUCAAAAUUUUAACGCUGUCACAUUUUCCGUUUUGUCUCCAGUUUGAAUCUUCACCCUUCAACUUGGACUUUAAUUUUAACAAUUUUGAAUUUAAGUGUGACUGUGAAUUCAAUGUUUUGUUAAGCAAUAUAAUAUGAGUGAAUGUUCUGAAUAAUCAGGUUUUUUUUACAAUAUAAAA